AUGGACGAGGAGACUUUCACCCUCCUCCCUCUGCACAUGGACCCUCAAUCCAAAGCCAUCACAUCAACCUCCACUUCGCGCGCCCUCCAAGAAGAACUCGCAACUCUCAACUCCCUCCACCGCGCUCUCCUCUCCCUUGAGUCCCCGGUUCCACCCCCGCCAAUCCCAGUCAACCCAAAGCGCUCGGCAAACAUCACCAAAUUGCGCGAGUCCGGCAACAACGAGUUCAGAAAAGGAAAGCAUGCCGAGGCCGUCAAAUUCUAUACCCUAGGUCUGCAGAUGGCACUUGGGAGACCGCCAUGGGAGCCUUCUGGAUUGAUCAGAGAUGAGGUCGCCGGCUUGUAUGCGAAUCGCGCGCAGGCUUAUAUGGCCAUGAGCAGUUGGGUUGAAGGAGCUGUGGACGCAGAAGCUAGUGUUGAGGCAAAGAAGGUCGGAAAUGCGAAGGCCUGGUGGAGAAAGGGAAAGUGCUUGUUGGAGAUGGGACGUUUGGAAGAAGCGAGGGAUUGGGUCGGCAGAGGACUUGGGAUGGAGGGAGACGAGAGUGAUUUGGUGGCCUUGUUGAAGGAUAUCGAGCAGAAGGCUGCGAAGAAGGCUUGA